UGCGAAACAUCACAGUUCAGUCUGUGUUCGGGUACUGAAAUGUACACUUUGUCCAGCUCCUACGACCCUUAACAACGAAGUCAAGAGCACUAAUAUUUGAUUUCUUGCGGUAACUGGCAAGAGAGCACCAAGAUAUUGAUGUAGUUCAAGUGUGCAAGAUUAUCUAGUGGUUUUCACCUCAAGUUAAUUACUCUGCGGGAUCAACUUGAUGUGACUGUUAAAGGAAAGUGAAUGGCAAGGAAAAUCUCGUUGAGGAUAAUGUGUGAAUUUGUGAUAUAACAAGCGAAAGUGUGGAAAUGGUAUAUCUAUGAGAGUGCAGGAAUAAUUAAUCUCAAUGGCAAAUAUUAAGGGAAUGAUGUGAGAAGAUGAAAAUGCGAAGAUAUGGUUGGAUCUUCUCCCAACGACAAACUCAAUUUAUUUUCAAUCUCGAGUUGAAUUAUGAGACAAUACAGCAGCUGCACGCACUAUAGUGAUGCUAUUAACAUCAGGAAAUGCACCAUCAAUCUAGUUUAAUCAUAAAAUAGUAGUGAAAAGAAAGUAGUGAAAGAGACACUAGCUAAUGUGAGGAAGAAUAAAAAAAAAGUUUUGUGCUACAUAGCAAACCUAAUAGCUUGGAGUGAAAGUGUGAAAAGGACAUGUGAAGUGAUACGAAGAGUGGUAUUGUGGCAUAAGGGUUAAACAUCAUCUUGAUUAAAUUCCAUCGCAAACGAGUUGUUAGAAGAGUUCCACUAGUUGAUGGAAAAAAAUGAUGCUAAACCAAGGGCACUUCUUUGACAAUUUCUCAAAUAACUCCAUACCGUUGGAUGUAGCCACACUUAAUAGCAAUUCCAAUGUGACGCUAUCUACACUCUGGAGUGACAAUAUACUCGUCAACUACAGCAAUAAUGACAAUACAUCUCAAUUUCCAAUUGUCUACGGUAGCAGGAACCAGGAAUUGUCACCAUGUGAUCCGGAAAAUCUCUUAUUCAACUGCACUGUCGACGAAUACCUCCAGUAUGUACGUGGACCAAAAACUUUACCACUGGUCACAGCACUUAUGGUCAGCAUUCUAUUCAUCGCGAUUUUCGUCACAGGAGUAAUAGGAAAUGUGAUUGUCUGUGUCGUCAUUGUGAGACAUUCAUCAAUGCACACCGCAACCAAUUACUACUUAUUUAGUUUAGCGGUUUCAGACCUUAUAUUCCUGCUAGUAGGUCUUCCAUUCGAAAUGAGUAUAGUAUGGCAUCAGUAUCCAUAUCAAUUAGGAAUUGUUUUCUGCAAAUUGCGAGCAUUUGUUUCGGAAGCAUCGACAUAUGUAUCAGUCCUGACGAUAGUGGCUUUCACUAUGGAGCGCUUUCUGGCCAUCUGUCAUCCCCUUCACUUGUACACAAUGAGCGGUUUCAAGCGGGCGGUUCGAAUCAUCGGGGCUUUGUGGGUGGUUAGCUUUCUCAGUGCUGUGCCUUUUGGAAUAUUCACCAAAAUCCAUUACAUCUCGUAUCCGGCUGACAACAGUACCAUCGAGGAUUCUGCAUUCUGUGCCAUGCUCGACAAUCCAGAAGGCUUCCCACUUUGGGAGCUGUCGACAUGCAUCUUCUUCGUCGUACCCAUGGCCGUUAUUGUGGUGCUCUACACGAGAAUAGGGCUCAGGAUACGCUCACGGACCCGUCACACUGUUGCUCUUGGUGUUCAACAGGGAUCAGUGCACAAUGAAUCCAGACAGAUCCAAUCACGGAAAGCAAUCAUCCGAAUGCUAGCCGCUGUCGUCAUUACUUUCUUCGUGUGUUGGGUCCCAUUCCAUGCGCAAAGAUUAUUGUGGUUGUACGGUCGCAACUGGGAUUAUUUAGGAAUCGUGAAUGAGUGGCUGUUUUUAUCCGGCGGAGUUCUCUACUACAUUUCAUGCACAAUAAAUCCAAUUUUAUACAAUGUGAUGUCACAUCGCUACCGCAUCGCAUUCAAAGAGACUCUUUGUGGCCGGAAGACGAGCUAUUUUCACAACAACGGAUUUUCCACGGACCAGUCUAGCUUCAGGGAAACCACAAUUGUAGGCGGAUGCGAAAGUUCUCAUUUAAUCCGUGUGAGGUCUCUAAUGCCCUCCAAGAGAUACUCACGGUACAAGGAAUCAAGAAAGAGAUUUGCUAGCAGUGUCAAAUGGAAGGAGAGACUGGAUGUAGGUGAAGCAAUUAAGGAGGAGAAGAACGCCUCUGAGCUGAGCCAAAAGUCCGAUGUGGUUGUGGUUAUUGGAAACAGUAUCAAUGGUCGACCAAAGUGUUACGCAACAUCGACCUCUAAAGCACAAAAGAGUGAUUCAGUGGAGGGCGGAGGAAUUGCCGAUGGAGUCGAAAGAGCCACACCAUCGGGUCAACCGCUCAUCUCCACAUCAAACGGAAGUCACAGGAAUUGCGACAGGGACACCAUCUCAUCAGACAAAGACGAAACGCGUAUUUAAUAAAUCAUUCAUUAGGAACCACCAACACACAAAACUCGGUGUUUUCCCGGCCCAUCAACUAUGCCGGCCUCAAGGAAUAUCAUGUACAUAGCUCAGUGUACAACAGUCCCCAAAUAUCUCAUCAACUGAAGAAAAUAUCUUUCUUCAGUACUUCCGCUCAAAAGACCCCGAGAGAUGUCUUAUCUCGGAAUUUCUUUAUAAAAGAUAAUAUAUGUAUAACUUUGUAUAAUGAUUCAGAAAGAAAAGCCACUAGGAAGCACCAUGUAAUUGAAUUAAACGUAAUGAAUUUAAUUUUGUGAUUCAAACUGUGAGAUUUUAUUGAAAAAGUUGAUAUAUGAAAGAAAAAUAAAAUAUAAAAUGAUAAAAAAAGAAA